GGCCGGUACCCUCCCUGGUGGGGCGCGUCGCGAACGUUGGGAGCUGCUGAAUUUGAAUGUGCGACUGUGCCAGAGAUGGUACCCGAGGGGUCAACAACUUCGUAUAUUCAGUGUAGAAGCUUGCGGUAAUCGGUUCGAUAAUCAACAAUAUUCGUCCAUAUUCAACAAUAUUUCUCCUGUAUUCAAGUAAUAUUCAACUAUUCGUGUAUUCACUGUGCGUGAAACCUUAAGGUUGCUGACCCCUCAAUGGUACCAGCCGGUCGCUCCGACCGAUAAUCCGGACUCGCCCGGGACGUACAGGACGAGCGCGACAAGGGCGUGGAUAGCCUGACGUCAUCAGCCGCAGGCCGCAGGCGAGUUUCCGGGGCGAGCCGGCUCAGUGUAAGACAGUUGCCCGUCUGGACUGGACCGUGGACCGGUGUACCAUUCCAUUUUGUGCCAUCCGAUUUUAAGAAAUUUGGAGUAAAGAAUGGACGAUAAAACGUCUCCGGUGGGGAGGCUGUUGGAGCUCGAGGACUACAGCCAGCGCACGUUCAGGCCCGCGGACGCCGUGCUGCAGGAGGUGGUGCAGCGCGCGAGCCGUCACAACAUGCCCAGCCAACACGUGGACAGGUUGGACGGUCUCACCAUGGAGGUGAUCAUCAGGAUGGCGGGCUACAAGAAGAUGGUGGAGGUUGGCGCAUUGGCGGGCUACUCCGGCAUUCUAAUCGCGCGAGCCCUCGGGCCCGGCGGCCACCUGCACUCCGUCGAGUACAACCCCGACUUCGCCGAGGUGGCGAUGGAGUCCUUCCGAAAGGCCGGUCUCGACGACAGAGUCACGGUGCACGUCGGCCGGGCCGCCGAGGUGCUGGAGCAGCUCACGGAACUGGGCCCGUUCGACGGCAUCUUCAUCGACGCCGACAAGGACAACUAUCCCGUGUAUCUGGACUGGGCCGAGAAGAACAUUCGUGUCGGCGGGGCUAUUUUUGGCGACAACGCCUUCGGAUUCGGCCACGUGUGGCGGAACCUGGACACCAUACACGACCACCAUCUGAAGUCGGCCAUCGCCGGGCUGCAGACCUUCAAUGCGCGCCUCGCGAACAACCCCAACUUUCGCGCCACCAUCCUGCCCACCGACCAGGGCCUGACCAUGGCCGUGCGGCUAAAGUGAGCGACGGCUGUACCAAAACUAAAAGUGGUUGCUGUAACGAUAUUGUGAACGUGGACGUCAUCAAAAGUUAGGGAAAAGACCAGGAAAGGAGAUUUCAAAAUUUCAACUAAAUGAAAAUUUAUCGUAAAGAUAAUGAUCUGGUUUUACAACGAAACAAAUGUAAAGCAAAAAAAUAAAAAUGUAGAGUAUGAAA